UAUUUUGGUUCAAAAUAGUGGUUUUGUUAUUAAUUUAACAGUUUUGAUUCCACAGAGGUAGCAAAGAAAAGUUGUUAUUGCAAUUAUAUUAAAAAAAAAACAAUAUGACGAGCCACGUUUCUAUAAGAUUAGCAUCAGAACGAGUAAACCAUUGUGUUGCUACUAGUAAUGAAUUGCCUCGCUUUUACACGCCGGGGGAAAUUAUAUCUGGUAUGCAGGACUUUAUGCGGGGACAUGGAACUUAUACAGAAGAUGACAACUUAAAGUCGUCAGUGGCUGGGGUUAUGCAAAAAGUUAACAAAUUGAUAUGCAUUAGACCAUUAAAAAGUCGAUAUGUGGGGGAAAUUGGUGAUGUUGUUGUUGGUCGCGUCUUGGAAGUGCAGCAGCGACGCUGGAAAGUGGAUACUAAUUCACGUUUAGACUCAAUUCUUCAGUUAUCUUCGGUCAAUCUUCCUGGAGGGGAAUUGCGUCGCAGAUCUGUUGAAGACGAACAGUCCAUGAGAAAGGUAUUGCAGGAAGGUGACCUUAUUAGUGCUGAAGUACAGAGUGUGUUUUCUGAUGGCUCACUCUCUCUGCACACUAGAAGUCUAAAGUAUGGGAAGUUAGUUCAAGGUACACUAGUAAAAGUAUUUCCAUCUUUGAUUAAAAGAAGGAAAAAUCACUUUCACAAUAUUCUUGGUAUUUCAAUAAUUAUUGGUAACAACGGCUACAUAUGGAUAUCUCCACGUGAGAAAGAAACCACAGAAGAUGAUGAUUUUGAAAAUGUUGAGAAAGCUAAACUAGAGCCUGUAAGUAUCUCUGUCAGGGAGAUUAUGGCAAGAGUGAAGAACUGUAUUGCCGCAUUGGUGGCAUCAAAGAUGAUGUUGGAUGACACAAGUAUUCUAAUGGCAUAUGAAGAAAGUCUUAAGUAUGAGAAUGCAAAGGAACUGUUAGAUCCAGAGGCAAUGCUCGAUAUCGCCUUUUUAACACAGCAUAGAUUGAAUAAUAUAAUGACUGAAUAAACAAAU